CUCCAAAGAUCCUAUACAAAAUUAAAGAAAGUCCCACGUCUCAUCCAAUCCUGGAGACCCGACCAAUUUCCACCUUAAAAUCCUGCCUAGACUUUCGACUUUCAUAGAUCUAGAUCAAAUGGUGGGCAUAUUGAGUUCCGUUUCUUAGUUUCGGCCUGCUUUGGUCCUUGCCAUGUGUAACAAGAUGGAUUUUGAAUAUCAUGAGGAGCAUACGAGGAACUCCAGAGGAGUGCAACUCUUUUCUUGCAGAUGGUUGCCCUUUUCUUCUCCCAAGGCCCUUGUUUUCCUUUGCCAUGGUUAUGGCAUGGAAUGCAGCCAGUUCAUGAAAGGUGUUGGGAGCAGGCUAGCAAGAUACGGGUAUGGCGUGUUUGGAAUUGAUUAUGAAGGCCAUGGAAAAUCCGCGGGUGCCCGUUGUUACAUUAAAAAGUUCGACAACAUUGUCAACGACUGCUCUCAUUUCUUCAAAUCCGUUUGCUGUAGGGAAGAAUACUUGGGGAAGAAAAGGUUCUUGUACGGAGAGUCGAUGGGAGGGACGGUGGCUCUAUUAGUGCACAAGAAGGACAGGGCUUUUUGGGACGGUGCUGUUCUGGUUGCGCCCAUGUGCAAGAUUUCUGAGAAGGUAAAGCCACAUCCGCUGGUCAUAAGCGUGUUAACUAAAGUGGAAGACUUCAUACCCAGGUGGAAGAUAGUCCCCACCAAAGACGUCAUUGAUUCCGCUUUCAAGGACCCGCUUAAACGAGAACAGAUUCGUGGCAACGAGCUGAUAUACCAAGAGAAGCCCAGGUUGAAAACAGCUCUGGAAAUGCUCAGAACUAGCCUGGCCCUUGAGGGUACUUUGCAUGAGGUGACUCUACCAUUCUUUGUGUUGCAUGGCGAAGCAGAUACAGUGACGGACCCUGAAGUGAGCAAGGCAUUAUACGAGCAAGCCAGCAGCAAAGACAAGACCAUAAAAUUGUAUCAAGGGAUGUGGCAUGGUUUGACAUCGGGAGAACCUGAUUCUAAUAUUGAGAUUGUGUUCUCGGACAUCAUAGCGUGGCUCGACAAGAGAUCAUCAUCAUCAGCAGCAGCAGCCAAUUUUGAUUCCAGCACGCAGAAUAUAACCUUCAAACCGGCGGCGCAGCAGCGGCAGCAGCAUAGCCCAAUCUUGGAGAAGUUGAACACAAUCGCAUUGCCAACCGUCGAAGUAGAAGAAAAAGUAGAGGUGCGAAGCCCAGACAGACUAACAAGUACGCAUGGGAAAUACUUGUGUGGGUGGAAGGGACGUCGCAUGCACCACCAUCAUUCGUCUAUGUGAUGUAGUUUGAGGGUGGACGUGUUCACUCUCUCUCCCUCUCUCGUCCCUAAAGAUGAUAUGAUGAUACUUGAAUUUCUCUGUAUCAAUUCUCAAACUUUAUUUACAACAUCUGAGCAGUAACUCUGUUCAAAUUAGGUAAGAUCAGUGUUUCUGCAGUAAACUAAAAUUGUAUUCACGGGAUUGGUCAGUUUUUAUGGGCACUCGUAUGAAAGGUACCAAGAAUUGAAGAAA